ACGAUCUCACUCGGCCGCGACCAACGACGGUCGGAAUCGGAUCGAGGCCGCGAGUGCAUGCGCGCGCGACUCGUUCUGACUCGUUCACCGAGUACGGUGUCUCGCGCGUUCGAAUUCACUCGGACUCGCUGAACCUCGGCGACUGCGUCGAGACAUUCGCCUCGCGACUUAACCUUCAAAAUGGAGAACCACACGAUGGACCAGUUUUGCGGCUCGAGAUUUUGGGACUUAGAUUUGGCUUGGAAUACCGAUGAUCCCGAUCUGACGGAGUGCUUUCAAAAGACAGUUUUAGUAUGGGUUCCUUCUAUAUAUCUUUGGCUCUUCUCGACAGUGGAGGCCUGUUACCUUUUAAACAGCAAGAGGAAAAAUAUUCCGUAUACCUGGAAAUUUAUAGCAAAACUUGUGCUUAACUGUACCUUAAUUGUACUUACGAUCUGCGAUUUAGGAAUGGCAAUAUAUAAUAGUUCGUAUACUGUGGUAUAUGACGUUGAUUACUACACGCCAUUGAUAAAGAUAUUUACUUUCAUUUUGGCUGCUGUGAUAUUGGUUUAUAACCGGAAAUAUGGCAUGCGUACUUCAGGACUUCUUUUUCAAUUCUGGUUCCUACUAGUUGUGUUCGGUGUUGUUCAAUUUAGGAGCUCACUGAGGAAAUAUUACUCGACCGAGUCAUCGUAUUCUUUUGUUUCAUACAUGAUUUAUUAUCCUGUGAUACUGGUUCUACUCCUUUUGAAUUUCUUGGUCGACGCCGAACCUCGAUAUUCCGAGUUUCCACAAGGCGAGCGACCAUGUCCAGAACAAAGUUCCUCAUUUCCAUCUAGAGUUUUAUUUGCCUGGUUUGAUGCAAUGGCAUGGAAAGGUUCCAGGAAACCUUUGGAAACUACCGAUUUGUGGUCCAUGAAUCCGGAGGAUACUGCCAGUGAAAUUGUGCCAAAAUUUGACAAAUAUUGGAACAAGAGUGUGAAAGCUGCCGAAAUUGUUCAGGGUACAAAGGCCUCAUUCAGGAAGUCAUCGGGCCAGGUAGAUUUCAACGGUGGCCGGAAGAAAAAAGUUGCUUCGGUACUUCCACCUCUGUGCAAAGCAUUCGGACCGACCUUCAUAUUUGGAUCUUUGCUGAAACUCUUUCAAGACAUCUUAACUUUCGUCAGUCCCCAAAUCCUCGAGUUGUUGAUCAACUUCGUGAAUAAUUCCUCGAAGGAGCCGAUAUGGAAAGGCUGCGUUUACGCGGCUCUCCUUCUCCUGACAGCGACGGUGCAGACGCUCAUCCUGUCCCAGUAUUUCGCCAGGAUGUUCCUAGUGGGAUUGAGGAUGCGGACCGCCUUAAUAGCGGCGAUUUAUCGGAAAGCCCUGAGGAUGUCGAACUCCGCUAGAAAAGAGUCAACUGUGGGUGAAAUCGUGAACCUGAUGUCCGUGGACGCGCAACGAUUUAUGGACGUGACCGCCUACGUGAACCUGUUGUGGUCAGCUCCACUGCAGAUAGCCCUCGCACUUUAUUUUCUGUGGCAAACCUUAGGGCCGUCCGUGUUAGCCGGUCUGGCCGUGAUGAUUAUCUUGCUGCCGGUAAAUGCCAUGAUAGCGAGCAAAGGGAGAUCCCUGCAGAUCAGGCAGAUGAAGAGCAAAGACCAGAGAGUCAAACUGAUGAACGAGAUACUUAACGGUAUUAAGGUGUUGAAAUUAUACGCAUGGGAAACGUCCUUCCAGCAGCAAGUAUUAAAAAUCAGGGGUAAGGAGAUUCGAGUGUUAAAGGAAGCAGCCUAUCUGAAUGCCGGAACAAGCUUUAUCUGGUCCUGCGCACCUUUUCUGGUGUCUCUGGUCUCGUUUGCCACCUACGUGCUCGUAGACGAGAAAAACGUUUUGGACAGCACCAAAGCUUUUGUUUCGCUCAGUUUGUUUAACAUCUUAAGAUUCCCCCUUUCCAUGUUGCCAAUGAUGAUCAGCAACAUGGUUCAGGCCGCCGUUUCCAUAAAACGUAUCAACACAUUUAUGAACACCGAAGAGUUGGAUCCCAACAACGUGUUACAUGACUCGUUCGAGGUAAAUCCAUUGAUUAUUGAGAACGGCAACUUCGCCUGGGACUCUGAUUCCAUCGAGAAACCCACACUGAGGAAUAUCAAUCUACAAGUGCAGCAGGGACAACUUGUGGCUGUCGUUGGCACUGUGGGCUCAGGAAAAAGCUCUUUGAUCUCGGCCCUGCUCGGUGAGAUGGAAAAACUGAGUGGUAGAGUCAACACAAAGGGGUCGAUAGCCUACGUCUCUCAGCAGGCCUGGAUCCAGAAUGCGACCUUGCAAGACAACGUCCUCUUCGGGAAACCCCUCGACAAGGCCUUGUACAAUCGAGUUAUCGAGGCGUGCGCACUAGGACCGGAUCUUAAAAUGCUCCCGGCAGGAGACCAGACCGAGAUAGGCGAGAAGGGAAUCAACCUGUCAGGAGGGCAAAAACAGAGAGUCUCGUUAGCCAGAGCAGUCUACAACAACUCGGACAUUUACUUCCUGGACGAUCCCCUGAGCGCCGUCGACGCCCACGUCGGCAAGCACAUCUUCGAGAACGUAAUCGGCUGGAGCGGCCUGCUGAGGAAGAAAACGAGGAUCCUCGUGACGCACAGCAUCGCCUACUUGCCGGAGGUGGACAAUAUCCUCGUGAUUAAGGACGGCGAGAUUACCGAGUGCGGGACGUACAAGCAGCUCCUGGAGAAACGGGGCGCCUUCGCCGAGUUUCUCAUUCAACAUCUACAAGAAGUUAAGCCUGGCGAUGGUUCAAAGACCGAGUUAAACGACAUCAAGCAGCAGCUAGAGUCGACACUUGGGGCGGAAGAGCUCCAGCAGAAAUUGUCAAGAGCUAGGUCAAGAGUCUCCGAGAGCCACAGCGAGUCGGGGUCGUUUACCGACCGAAAGUCGUUAAACGGAUCACUGUGCCGACAACACUCCACGGAUAGUCAAUACUCCGGGAGCCUCGCCCGAGUGAACAGCCUGAAGGAGAAGGAGCUGCUCCAACCGAAGGUCGGGGAGAAGCUGAUAGAGGUGGAGAAAGCCGAAACUGGGAGCGUUAAAUGGCGAGUGUACGCGCACUACCUCAAGUCGAUCGGGUGGUUCCUGUCUAUAUCGACGAUCUUCCUGAACGCCAUCUACCAGGGCUUCAGCAUCGGGUCCAACGUCUGGCUGAGCAAGUGGUCGGACGACAACGAGACCGCGGUGAACGGGACGGCGGACACAUCGAAACGAGAUAUGUAUCUUGGAGUAUACGGUGUUCUCGGUCUGGGCCAAGGGGUGACGAGUUUUCUCUGCGAUUUGGCCCCCCAGCUGGGCUGUUGGCAGGCUGCUCGCGUGAUGCACCUAGUGAUGCUGCGUGGAGUGAUACGCGCCCCGUUGACCUUCUUCGACACGACCCCGAGCGGUCGCAUUAUCUCCAGAUUCGCUAAAGACGUCGACGUUCUGGACACAUCUCUUCCCCAGCAAACGUCCGAUUGCGUCUAUUGCUUGUUCGAGGUUAUAGCGACCCUUGUGGUGAUCAGCAUCAUGACUCCUACGUUCACCCUUGUGAUAUUCCCAUUGGCGUUGGUCAACUACUUCAUCCAGCGAUUUUACGUCGCCACGUCGCGCCAGCUGAAACGCAUGGAGUCCAUAUCCAGGUCUCCCAUAUACUCACACUUUGGUGAAUCGGUGACCGGUGCCCAAACUAUCAGAGCUUUUGGGGUGCAGGAAAGGUUCAUCAAGGAGUCGGAGAGCAGAGUCGACUUCAACCAGGUGUGCUACUAUCCGAGCAUCAUUGCGAACAGGUGGCUUGCCAUCAGGCUGGAGAUGGUCGGCAACAUGAUCAUCUUCUUCGCGGCGCUCUUCGCGGUGUUCAACAGGGAUAACAUGACCGCGGGUAACGUUGGCCUGUCGCUCAGCUACGCCUUACAGAUCACGCAAACCUUGAAUUGGCUGGUGCGCAUGUCCUCGGACGUGGAGACGAAUAUAGUAGCCGUGGAGAGGAUAAAAGAAUACAGCGAAACGACGCAAGAAGCGCCCUGGGAGCUUCCAGAUAAUGCUCCCCCAGAGAACUGGCCUUCUGAAGGUCGCGUUGAGUUCAAUGACGUCCAAGUACGUUACCGAGAGGGCUUGGAACUGGUCCUGAACGGAUUGACCUUCAGGGUCAACGGCGGGGAAAAGGUCGGGAUCGUCGGCAGAACGGGGGCAGGGAAGUCCUCGCUGACCCUCUCGCUCUUUAGGAUCAUCGAAAUGGCCAACGGAAAGAUCCUCAUAGACGACGUCGACGUCUCCAAGCUGGGCCUGCACACCCUGAGAUCAAGACUCACGAUUAUACCCCAGGAUCCCGUCCUGUUCUCCGGAACCCUGAGGCUUAAUCUGGACCCCUUCGACCGUUACUCGGACGACCAGGUCUGGAAAGCCUUGGAGAACGCCCAUCUGAAGGGUUUCAUAAAAGGUUUACCUAGUGGACUCUCGCACGAGGUAUCAGAGGGCGGUGACAAUCUGAGCAUAGGCCAGAGGCAGCUCAUCUGCCUGGCGAGGGCUCUUCUCAGGAAGACGAAGAUCCUCGUCCUGGACGAGGCUACGGCAGCGGUCGACCUGGAGACCGAUGACCUGAUUCAAAGGACCAUCAGGGAAGAGUUCAAGGACUGUACGAUCCUCACGAUAGCGCACAGGCUGAACACGAUCCUGGACUCGGACAGGGUGAUCGUCCUCGACAAGGGACGCAUCGUGGAGUUUGACCCGCCGGAAACGCUCCUGCAGAAAAAGUCGAGCGCUUUCUAUAGCAUGGCCAAGGACGCGGGCAUAGUCGCGUGACCGUAUCCCCUCGAGGGAGAGGUGGCCCCGCAGCCGAGCAGCCACCUCGAGGACGUCGGGGUGCCCGACGAGCGGAGGAACGACGACGCGUCGACGUCGGGCGCGGCACGGUAACGGGAAGCUACUUUGUAUAGUGUACGUGCUUAAGGCCCUCUCGCGUCUUUGCGAGAAACCACACGAACAAAAACGGAGUUUCGUACACGGGACUCUCGAUUCGCGACCAGUCGCCUUGAUUCCGACCUCGGGGUCUUUGCGUCCGGGUCCGCCAACGCUACCUCUCGAACCAGGCCUCGAUUUUAACGGCCAUCUUGGUUAGGAAGCAGCGAAGGGAACGUCGAAGCCAUCUCCUACGAGGCUCCGAGAGACGCCGCGGGGUCGCAGCGACAUGCCUUGCCAACAUCACAUGCUUGAUAUUAAUAUUUAAAGACUUCAUACCGCUCCUCUCGUCAAUCCAGUGUUUCUAUGACGUAGGGGGGAACCGUCGAUAUUAACGUAAGUCGAUAAGGCACGUGGCUGUCGACUUAAACGGCUGUUAUUUCGAUUUGAUACUAGGCACUACGUUGGCCAACCUGCACGCAAGACUGGGGUGUCGUAUUAGGGCUCGUUCACAAUGUCUCGUUGGCGAGCCCUCAAACUACUGCCAUUCUAUCGACUUACUCGACGCGCACGCGAGCUGAAAGGCGCACUUCUAUGUAUGUAUGUACAUAUAUACUCGUGCUCGCAGAGGAGAGUCUCCUCUCUCUCUCUCUCUGCCUGCGAAUUCGGUCCUGUACUACGCGCAGUAUUAUUCGUCGCCCCCCGCAAGUACUUCUCAAGCAACGGGUUCCGUUUACCUCGGUUAGUUACUUAGCAUGGCACUCAACGUUUGUCGCACCCCUUAUUAGAUAUAUCUUGGUUUCGACGCCAAGGGGCCUAUUCCGUAACUCGGGACGACAUGUGUCGUUAUCUUUAGACCGUGUUAUUUCAAUGGACCGACGAUAACUAUAUCUAUCGUUCGGAGCUCAAGAAUAGGCCCACAGUUUUAAGAGGAACGAGGUAGACGACGGGUCGUCAAAUUUUCACUUUGUCGGCUCUACACCUUACUAACCCUAGUUUCACGUUUUCGUUUCUCUCGGGGUGCGGAUCGAAUUUUAACCGUUUAGCUUUUAUCUCUCCGCACAAUCUGAGCCACGCGGGCGUCUUGGAGUUCGGUCGAUCCGGAGAAGGUUCUUCGUAUCGAAAAGUUGAUCGACAUUUAAUUUAAGGCCACGCGAAAGUGCCGUCAAAGGGGUCUCGUUUAUGGAACUUUUCUUCAAGCUGGGUGUACCGAAUCGAGUCAAACUUUACAGUACAAAUGUGGAGGGUAUACGGAGAGCCCUGACGCUCAUGAGAUUUCAAUUUUUCUUUUUCUUUUAAUUUGUUUAUAGGUAUUUUAAAAAUUUUAAAGAUCAAAUUUCACGGGUGUCGGAACCUUCCUUGUAGUCUUCGGGUUUACGUUGCAAAGUUUGAAAUGAUUCUGUAUACUCAGUUCGGAGAAAAGUUUCAUGAACGAUUGACCUCUCGGAUGCCACUUUCACAUCCCCUUAAUGAGCUACUUAAGUGGAACGACUUACAAAUUCGGUGAACUUGGAGACGCCCUGUAUAUUGUGCCAAUAGUAUAGGCAAAACGAAACGUGUACAAACUGGAAAGGGAAGUAUCGGAAAGUAUAUAUAUGAUUAUAUAUAUAUAUAUAUAUUACUCUGUUAAUAGGAUUUUAGAUUAAAGGUGUUAUGUUUUCUUACUUAGCAAUUCGUUACUCGUCUGAAGUAUUUCCUAGAACGGUCCGAGGACAUCAAGUAGUUUUGAAUAUCCAUUGUAUCUCACGGGCGUCUUUCGAGAAUCAUGUUUUACGAAGACGUAGCACGCUUUACUGAGCACCGAUACAUUAUUUUGAGGAAUAAAACGUGUCGAGAGAGGGAGAGAUA